CGAGGGUUUUUACAAAAAUUAUGAAUAAAUAAAUUGGGAUAAAAUCAUGUAGAUGAAGAAAAAUUAGAUAGAAAAUGAUAGGUACUAUCGACUCUUUUCUUUUUGAAUGUUUAAUUUAUUUCAUCAAAAAUAUAAAUAAACAUAUGGGCUAAUUUUUCAAACGAGAAAAAACAUCUGCAGAAUAAUAUUCAAAUUUAACCCAAAUUCCUUUGGGUGAUUGGAUUCCCUCCCACUUUAAACAGAAUAACCGGUACCACUUAAAACCAGUAGCAAUGGCAUUUGACCUUUCACCUUUUUUGAUAAAAAUCUAAUGGGAUCAAUAGGUAUGCAAACAAGAAUUAGGUACAAAUAAGUAAAUAAUAAAUAGCACUUACCUAUCUUCAUCAAUACAUUAUACACAAUCUAAGGAACCAACCAUCAAAGAACUACCAUUACCCAGUAAAGUACCAGCACUGUCAACUUUUUGUUCAAAUAGAUUUUUUGGUACUCGAAUUUGUGUCAAUCGUGACGUAAACCUGAACUCAAAAGUGGUACGAGACGUAAUGCGAAGACAAGAAAUCUUGGUUUAUUUUGGAUUGAAGCGCGACUGCGGCAGGGCGACGAAAUAUACACAACUGGUUCUCGAUUCUUGCCUUUUCUAUUCAGGGAAAGGAAUUCUUUUCAGGUUUAUUUUUCUUUGACAAAAUUCAAUUUUGAGAAACGUACCAUCGUCACCAAAAGUAACUGGGACAGCAUCACAGUUCUUGUCCUAUUAUAUGAAUUUUAUUGUCAAAUAUUUGUCAAACUAUGCAUUAAAUUUAUUGAAAUCAAUGACAGUAGAAUUAGUCCAGGAGAUUAUUAUGCUUUAUUUGUGUCCCAGAUACUUUUGGUGUCGAUGGUACGUUAUGUAUGUUCUUAUGCCCCUUUAUAUAAGUCUGGUAAAUGUAUUAAAUGAGAUAAAAUACAAGUUUAGAUUAGGAUUUACUAAUUUACUCAAUAAUAACUUAAUGCAUGUUAAUUGUAAAGUGCACUUUACCGCACACUGUGUGUUAAAGUAGACUAUAGAUUUAAAAGUACUGUGAACAUUUUAUCUGGUGAUUUAUUAGCUUAAGUUUAUUACUAAUUACUAUUUGAUACAGUAGUACCAAGUUUAGAUUAUCAAAUUCCUAUAAGAGUACUUUCAAUAAUUUCACAGAUUAGUAUAUUGUAUGUACAAUGUAUACCUACUUAUUUCAUGCUCUUAGUACUUUUAAAAGAUGCAUGUUAAUGGUAAAGUACACUUUACCUAGUAGACUAUAGAUUUAAACGCACUGUGAAUAUUUUAUCUGUUUCGACGCCACCUAUUGCGCUAGGGACAAACAUUGGAACGGAGAAAUCUAUAGAAAUACAAUGUAAAUUAACACAACAGCUGUUUUUCUGGUUUUAAUUUUCUUGGAGAUUGGGUGUCGAUAAACUUUUUAGAUGAAAUUUUAUAUACCAAAUAAGUGAUUAAUUUAAGUGGAUGAUUGUGUGGAAAACAUGUUCGGUCGUGGCGACCACAUAUCCCUAAACUUAUCUGAAGAUAAAGUUCCCUUGAAAAAAAAACCUUUAAAGCUAAGACGGCAAUGGAAUCAACUAUCAAAAUGCCAAAAAACCCUAAUAUACAUGUCCUCUUUAAUCUUAUUCGUAACUAUGUUUUACUUGAUCUCGAUGGAACCCAAAGAAGCCGUAAUAUCAGUUGAUACCACCCUGAGAAACAGCGAAAAAAACACUUUAGGCAAUAUCAGAAAUGAUCCUAGAGACGUAGUAGAAAACGGAGUAGAACUCAAUAACGAUAAUCAAGUUUUAGAGGACCCCGAAGGGGCUAAUAUGAACAACAAAGUUGAUAAUGAGCAAGUGGUUGAACCUCCUAAGAACAUAAUAACUUUUCCAGAUCCUACAACUCUGAGGCAAAAAGCAGUAGUGAAAGCAUUCAAACAUGCCUGGAAAGGCUACAGACAAUUUGCAUGGGGCCAUGAUCACCUUAAACCCAUUUCAGAAGGCUAUCACGAUUGGUUCGGGCUAGGACUUACUAUAAUUGAUUCACUUGAUACUAUGUAUAUUAUGAAUUUAAAAGAUGAAUAUAAUGAAGCCAGGAAUUGGGUGGAAAAGCAUUUGAACUUUGAUAUUAACCGAGAUGUAAAUUUAUUUGAAAUCACUAUUAGAGUUCUAGGUGGAUUGUUGAGCAUUUAUCAUUUUACUAAGGAUGAGGUUUAUUUGAAAAAAGCUACUGAUUUAGCUGAUCGCCUUCUGCCAUGCUUUGAAAGCGAAUCAGGUAUACCAUAUUCAGAUAUAAAUUUAUUCACAAGAAAAGCGCACGCUCCUAAAUGGUCUCCGGAUAGUAGCACCUCAGAAGUGACCACCAUACAACUGGAGUUUAGGUAUUUGAGCUGGCUCACUGAAAAUCCUAAAUAUGAGAAUGUGGUUACCAAAGUAUCUCAAUUAGUGCAUAGACUAGAAAAAACUGACGGUUUAGUUCCUAUAUUUAUUAACGCUAACACUGGCCAGUUUAGAGUGUACUCGACUAUUACUUUGGGUGCUAGAGGAGACAGUUACUACGAGUAUUUAUUGAAACAAUGGAUACAAUCAGAUAAAACUUUAGAAUAUCUCAAAAACGACUAUGUUGAAAGUAUAUCAGGCGUGGAAAAACACUUGGCCAAACGAACCGUACCCAAUGGGUUCUUAUUCGUUGGCGAGCUACUGGGAGGCGCCAAAGACUUCAAACCAAAAAUGGACCAUUUAACUUGCUACUUACCAGGCACUUUAGCUUUAGGGGUGCACAACGGUCUUCCAGAUUCGCACAUGAAACUAGCCGAGGAUUUGAUGACUACGUGUUAUCAGACUUACGCUCAGCAACCUACAUUUUUGGCACCGGAAAUUACUUAUUUUAAUAUCCAGGGAGAAAAUUCCAAUGAUAUUUACGUAAAGUCAAAUGAUGCCCACAACCUUCUUAGACCAGAAUUUCUAGAAAGUUUAUGGUACAUGUAUCAAUUGACUGGCAACACCACUUACCAGGAUUGGGGUUGGCAAAUAUUCCAGGGUUUUGAAAAUUACACAAGAGUUGUGAACGGUUACACUUCAAUAGGUAAUGUGAAAAAUACAGCAAAUGUACGUCCCAAAGAUAUGAUGGAAUCGUUUUUUCUCAGUGAGACUCUUAAAUAUUUGUAUCUUUUGUUCAGUGACGAUCCGAAAUUGCUUGAUAUAGAUAAGUUUGUUAUUAAUACUGAAGCCCAUCCGUUUCCUAUUGGAAAAGCUAAUUUAUAGGAGAUAUAGAUAGGAAAUUUUGCACAACAAUUUUUUUGCAUUUAAAUUAGGUGGAAGAGGCUUAUUGUUCAUAAGUAGAAAUAUUUAUCUAGUCAAGGUACAAGACUUUUUUGAUAUCUUUUUUGAUGUAAUCUUAAGUAAUUUGGGACAUAAGUGUGAAAUCGACACAAGCAAUGGAGGAGCUACUUAAUUUUUCUAGCCAAAAAAUUGUAUUCUAGUUUAUGGUGAAUCUAAUUACACCCAGUAGCAAUUCCCUCAUGUUGAGGCACAACAUUUUCUCAAAAAGGUCGAAGAAACGACAGCUUCUCUGUAUUUGGGAGAAUUAUUUGUAUUAUAUACGUCAAAACUGCCUACUUUUUGAUUGAGAUUAUAAAUGUUCUCUUUGUAAAUUUGUAUUGAAUCAUUAUUUUCUUGUGUUACAUGUGUUUAAUUUCAAAGUAUUAAUAACUUUGCUAGAAAAAAAUGAUUAAUAUUUACUUAGUAUAAGUUGAGAUAAUUUUGUUUAUAAAAUUUGAUUUGUUUUUAAUACAUAAUUUGUUUAUUUAGUAAAAAUUUUAUUAUAUUAUUGGUUGGUUGCCAAUGAAACAUUUUUCUGGGCCACCUGGUAUUUGGCAUUCGUUCUACGUGUCUGUACCAGGUAAGUUGAGAGGCUCUUUAUCAUUGUCUCGUAUAUAUUGUCAACUACUUAAGUAAAUACCACUCUGUACAUCAAUUUUACUAAAGUAUGUCGACGAGUCAGCAUUUAUUUGGUAUAAAUACCGCGCCGAAUUCCAUUACCGGUAGAUUAAGGCUAGUGCAAAGUACCUCAAAUGGGAAAAGUCCCUCUAGCUAAGUGUCCUCCCAGUGCAAACUACCUUUAAUGGGAAACGCCCUUCUGGACCUGUCUCAAACCCAGCUUCAGUGUUCAGUCACGCCAAGUGUACAGAGGGUACAUAAUACAGAGUGGCGUAUAAGUAGUACGUCCCUCCGUAAAAGAGACGUCAUGAUACUGUUUCUAGGGUAAUAUUAUUAUUAUUAUAUACAUAUCUUAUUUUACCUAUACCAAGCGAGUUUCUCUCUACCUGAACCCCACCUACACCCCCAGGUCACGCUUCUGUUGUGACGUUCUAGGACGAAAUGUAUAGGGGUUGUGACUUUAAGGGUUGUGAUAUUGAAUUUUCUCUUUGUUAUUUCUGUGCUCCAUAAGAUUCCAUUUAGGCAUCGUAUUACUUUUUCAGCUUUAACUAUUCGCUUUUCUAUUUCUUUCACAUCUGUUUCGGUGUUUUCGAAUGUGAUACCUAGAUACUCAUAUUCUUUACCUUGCAGAAUUUCCUGAAAAUCGUCCACACAUAGAUAUUUUGUUUUAUUUAUAUUAACUCACAGGCCCCAUUUUUGGUACUUUUCUAUCAGCUUUCUAAUCAUAUAUAGUACUAGUACUACUGCUAUGUAUAUUUUAAAAAGUGUAGGAGAGAUACAACUUCCUUCACGUAGUCCUUUUUUCACUAUAAACUUGUCUGUAAGUUUUUUACCUAUCUUAAUCCUUGAUUUUCAAUCUUUAUUUGUUUAAGUGGCGUUAUAUAGGUAUGAUUGAUGUUGGAUUGUUCUAAUACCUUUCAUAGUCUGGAUACUCGAACUGUAUUGUAUGCUUUUUGUAGGUCCACAAAUGUGAGCUAAGUUUCCAAAUGUCUAGCAGAUCUCUUUUCUAUGACUUGUUUUAGGCAAAAUACGUUGUCUGUUCCUGAUGUUCCUGCUCUAAAGCCGCAUUGCCUGUCUUCUUCUUUCCCUUUAUAAUCUUCUUCAAUGAGAUCACGCAGGAUUCUACCAUAUAGUCUGUUUAGUGUGCUUGUGACUGAUGUGCCCUGAUAGUUAUUGCAGUCCAGCUUAUCUCCUUUCUUGUGAAUGGAUGAUAUAAAAGCUGUUUUCCAGUCUAGUGGAACAGGAUGUCCAUUUAGGCAUUUAUUGAUAAUACAUGUGAGACCUUUAAAGAGCUUCCCAG